AUGUACGCUCGUACUCAAUUCAUCCUCGCUUUGGCUAUUGUUGCUUGCUCUCUCUGCUUGAUCAUCGCUGCUCCUGAUGCUGCUAAUGAGCUCAACAUCAGUAACAAGGUCAGAAAUCCAAGAUUAGGUGGUUCUCGCAUCUCCAAGCAAUUAGGAAAACGUGAUGAAGGCUUAACAUUUAACAUUGACUUGAGUGGCAACAGUAACAAUGAUGCCUCAUCUGCCAUUGCUGUCGCUUCUACCGCUGCUGCUUCUGCUGCUCCAAUUGCAUCCACAUCCGCUGCUGUCAUUGCGUCUACCAAUGCUCCUACACCUAUUCCUACUGCUGCUCCUACCGCUACUACCCGUUAUGCUAGCUCCUUUGUAUUCACUGCUUCUCUUAAAGAUACCACUCCCUUGAAUGAUGGUCUUUCCAAGAUGUCUAUCUUGCGUAAGAAGGGGUUGAAACAGUCCAAGAAAUCACUUGCCUCUGCCAAGUCAGCAUCAAAAGCAUCCAAGAACGCUGGUAAAUUGACAGGCACUGCUGCUGCUGCCGCCGCUGCUGCUACAUCGAACUGA